AUGCUAGCCGUUCACCGCCCAUCUUCCGCCGUAUCAAACGGAGACUCCGUCCAGAUUCCGAUGAUGAUCGCUUCUUUUCAGAAACGUUUCCCUUCUCUCUCACGCGACACAACCGCCGCUCGUUUCCACACGCACGAGGUUGGUCCUAACCAGUGUUGCUCCGCCGUAGUCCAAGAGAUCUCCGCUCCUAUAUCCACCGUAUGGUCCGUCGUCAGACGCUUCGACAACCCGCAAGCUUACAAACACUUCCUCAAAAGCUGCAGCGUUAUAGGCGGAGACGGUGGUAACGUUGGUAGCCUCCGUCAAGUCCACGUCGUCUCUGGCCUACCCGCCGGGAGCUCUACCGAGCGUCUUGACAUUCUUGAUGAUGAGCGUCACGUCAUCAGCUUCAGCGUCGUCGGUGGGGACCAUAGGUUAUCUAACUACCGAUCUGUCACGACUCUUCUAUAG